CUAUGGCAUCUCUUCGGAGCGCACGCUGUUUAUUAUUGGAUAAAAAUAUCAUAGGAGCGCAUCCUCGGCGGUCGACAAGCGAGACGGAAGAAUCGAAUCUUCAACCCUGGUUGGUUUGGUAUGAGGGUGUGGAUGUUGCUGCGGGCCCUUGAAGCCAAAUUUCGGGGAAAUUUGAUCGGGCACCUUGCAAAACCUGGUUUAAAUCGCGGGUUUCGUUGCAAAUUGUUUGAUCUCGACCAGCACACACACCACAGAUAAAAAAUGAAGAGAAGCAGUUUGCAAACUACGAGAGUAAGUCGGACACUGAAAAGAACACCAACAAGGAAGCAAGUGUCUGAGAGAAACUCUAGUCCAGACUUGCAAUCAGUUGCCAAAAAAAGAAACACGACAAACACUAUUACUGAGGAGAUGAUUGGGAAGUUUGUGCAUGAAAGAUUAACUCGGAACUCUCAUGUUUUUCUUCCAUCCCCUGCACCGAUUCACUUGAAGUUUGAAUCUAGUUGGCUGCACAAAUGCGAAGAUUGCGGUGAUGCGUUCCUUAAUGAGGAGACUUUCAAACAGCACGUAACUCGCCGCACCAUGAAAAUCACAGUGUGCGAUGUCGGCCAAGAUAGUGAAGUGUAUUACAACCGAUGCAACUUCUUGGGUGGAAUGAGAAAGCAAGGCAGGAAUCAGCAAGUGAUCGACAAACUGAACAUCAAGGUGGAGCCGCUCAUCAAAGAGCUGUCCCAUAAGUUGAGUGGAGGAGACAUUGAUCUAGCCUCGUUGAAAAAGAAUUCGGAGGAGUUCUACAAGCAGGUCCAGGCCAAUAUAAGAACCAACAAAGCAAGCAGCCUUGAUAUCAUCGGCAGCGAAGCUAACUCUCAGCCCAGGGCAAAGAGCGGUCCCAUCAAAUCCACUAUGAGCAAACCGGAUUCCAACCAGAUUGAGCCCUUUGGUAUGAAGUGCCCAGAGUGCGACUUGCCAAUGGCCACGAGGCUCAGGCUGAAGCAGCAUCUGGACUUUGAGGGGCCUGAACCUAAAAUCUGCGCCAUUUGCCACCUGCCGAUGCCUAACAAGUGCAGUUUGAAGGCGCACGAGAGGCUGCAUGAGGCAGCGAGCCAGUCUGCGGACCACUCAUUCAUGUGCCCAGACUGCGGCGUUCAGUUUCUCUCUCGGGACACGCUCUUGACCCACAUCCAUCAGGAUUGCAUGCACGGCUUUCUCAGUGCAACCUUCCAGUGUCCUCAGUGCUGCAAACUGCUCUCCUCGUCUAUUAGCUUAGAAGCGCAUUUGCUUAAUGAGCACACAGAAAAGGUCUAUAAGUGCAGUAUUUGCCACUUAGUGGAGUCAAGUCCCGAGGACAUAGCCAAGCACAUAUCGCAGAAUCACGUUGAGAAUGGCAGGACUACUGCCAAGAAAGUGAUUUUCAACAACUGCGAACUCUGCCCAGGAAGGUACAUAAAAAGCAAUGACAUCCUUUUCCACGUCCACAAGCACGCAGAAGAAGCAGACUCUUUAGUUUGCUACGUCUGUGCGCCCUGUAAUGUGUACGUGGAGACUAAGGAGGAGUUCCGCGAGCACAAGCAACUCUGCAAGCAAUCUGUUUCCAAAUUCAGCACUCUUGAGGUGGGGAAAAGUGAAAAACCAAAGAGCAAGCAAAGCAGCCCAGACCUCACUGACGAGGCCGACUCGCGAUCCUCGACGCCACCUAAGAAGAAAAUGAAAUCCGACAUAGGCCCGCGACGCAAGUCGGACGAGGAUCUGCCGCCGGCCAAAAAGAACUGCAUCCGUUGUGGUGGCCCAACUAAAGCGACCAAGAACGCCGCCUGCAUGUACUGCCGUUCUAGCAGGGUAAGCGUGUUGUCAGACGACAGCCCCUUCAAGCAGCGCCUCACCAUCACGCAGCGCGGCAUCGCGGUCGAGGAGAUCGACACGGACGCAUUUGAGGACGCGAUCCUAGGCAAGAAAAAGGCCGAUGACAUUUACAACUGCUACAUCUGCAAGGAGAAGCUGGUCAGCAAGUAUGGUGACGUGGAGCACCACUUCCAGGAAAAGCACUGCAUCAACUUCACCAGCAAGAAGAUCAACACCAAGAACUUUAAGGUCCAGCUUGAAUCCAUGAAGAACGAGUUUAUGGAGAAGUGCAAGAGUGAUUUCAGCUGCAAGUCGUGCCUGUUCAAGACACAGAAUGAGACCGAAUUCAACCGCCACUUGCUGGAGCACAAACCACUAAAACCGAUCUCGUACAUAUGCAAAAAUUGCGACAUCAGCUUCGCCAUGAAGUCGUGCCUUGCCAUGCAUCUGGAGCAGAAACACAAGGUCACCGACACUGACGUCUACUUGAAAGACACCGACCAGAUGAUCAACCGAAAGGAGUCGCCCACCAUGAAGGAGAACCAAUGCCGCGUGUGCUACAAGGAGUUCAACACGGCCCUUGAGAUGAACACACACUUCCGCAUCCACGGCAUGGCCUUCCUGCUGAACAAGACGCGCAGCACCUAACAACGAACCGCUGCGCUGGGAGCGCAGGGAGAUGCUAAGAAAAAACAGUGAUUCGUUCAAUAAUAAUUGUAGUCCCAAUUGCUAUACGGUUGAAGUGUCCUCCAUAAUAUACACAUUUACAAUUUUUAGUACUUAAUUAUUUUCCUGAAUGCAAAUAUUGCUUGCUGCUUGAAUAGCACUUUUGAAUCAAUUUUGUUACGAGUCUUUCCUGAAUAGACCUUUUAGUUUUUCUUUAGCCAUCCGUAACUGACGUCAGAAGCUUGCGUGCUUUAAUUAUUUAUAAUUAUUAAUGUUUUCAAGAGAUCUUGGAAAACCUUCCGCGAACAAGUAGAUAAAAUGUACUAAAGAUUUGUCAAAAUUAAACUGAAUUAAAACGCUUAAUCCUAAUUGA